AUGGAUAAUGAGAUGAUUCCAUCUGUUACAAGAACUGUUGAAGGUAAUCACGGUGGAUAUCAUUAUAGAGAUGAAUGGUAUAUGGAUAUGGAAAUCGAGGAAUUUGAUAACUUGGUUAUUGAGAUUAAUAGUGAUGAAGAUAAUAGAUUUAUUAGUGAUGAAGAUAAUAGAUUUAUUAUUCAAAUUGAUAGCGAUGAAAUUGAAGAUGAAUGGAACUAUGGCUGGGAAGAUGGAAUAGAGAUUGAAGAAAAUAUUAGGUUUGUUCCUGCGGCUCCGUCAUGUAUUGAAGGAUUGAAGAUGGUAAAAGUAGAAGAAGCGGAAACAUGUACUAUUUGUCUUGAAGAUUUUAAUGUUGGUGUCUGUAUGCCAUGUUCACAUAUGUUUCAUAUGAAUUGUAUUCAAGAUUGGUUAAAUGUAGGCAAUUCUUGCCCUUUAUGUAGAUUUCAGCUACCUACUAGUAGCUCAAAUGAAUAA